UAGAAUAAAUAUUCAUUAGCAUCAUGGCCGACAUGGAGGCUAUUGACGCGAUGGGCGAUAAUGUACAAGACAAUAAUGGCCCAAGUCCUUCCAUGAUGGAUGAAGAGGAUGAGGAUUUGCGACGCAACGAUAAUAGUUCAGAAAAUGCAAAUAUGGACAAUUCCAUGGAUACUGGUGGAAGGAUGAAUAACCAUCAGGACAUGGGUAAUGACAUGGGCAUGAUGGGGAAUGAUGGCGGAGGCAUGAACGACAAUCAGCACGGAGACAUGGGUGGUGGGCCAAUGGAUGGUGGAAUGCAGAACGACCAAUUUAAUAAAUUCAACAACAGAUUUCCUGGACCCAGGGGGCGAGGUUUCAUGGGUCCACGCGGACUCGGUGGACCAAGAGGAAUGCCACCAUUUGGACGACCCCCGAUGAAUAGGUUCAGAGGACCUGGGGGACCAAUGGGAAUGCGGGGCCCUCCCAUGGGGAUGAGAGGGCCGCCGGGGAUGAGAGGACCACCGAGAGGACCUCCUUUUGGGAGGCCUCCCUUUGACCCAAACUUUGGUCCUCCUGGUAUGGGGCCACCUAAUCAAGGAAUGCGGCCACCUAUCAAUGGACCUGGACCAGGCCCCGGUGGACCAAUGAUGGGAGGACCACCAGGUAUGGGUCCAAAUGGACCAGGGCCAAUGGGACCCAAUGGGCCUGGGCCCGGGCCCAUGGGACCCAACGGUCCUCCUGGACCUGGCCCUAUGGGGCCUCCUGGACCCAUGGGGCCUAAUGGGCCUGGACCUGGACCAGGGCCUAUGGGACCACCUGGGAUGCCUCCACCUGGCAUGGGCCCCCAAGGAAUGGGAAUGAACCCAAAUAAUCGUCCAAUGAUCCCGCCCCCGAAUUUCCCACCUCCAAAUUUUUCCAUGCCGCCUCCUGGAUUUGGAGCUGGUAUGCCUCCGGCAAUGAUGGGGAUGACAGUUCCCCCUCCAGUACCACAGAACUUGCCUCCACUCGACCCCACAACCCAAGACAUCUGGGUAGAAACUAAAUCUCCAGAAGGGAAGGUGUAUUACUAUAGUGCACGUACUCGAGAAGCUGCAUGGUCCAAGCCGGAAAAUGCUAGGAUUGUGUCACAGGUGGAAUGGGAGGCUUUCCAGACCAGCCAAGCUCAGGCUCAGGGUGGGGUUGCACCUGCUGUGUCUGGAGGGACCAGUACUGCUGCGCAGGCUGCUGUUGCUCAAGCUCAAGCUGCUUCCCAGCAAGCACCAGUUGGGAAUGCUGACCAGACUACUCUGCCACCACCAGCAGCUGCACCAACGCCAGCUUUCAACCCAAGCCUUUUACCGCCAGGAUUUAUGAACCCAUUCAUGCCCCAGCCAGCUGCAGCAACUGCAGCUCCAGCUGCCGUAACUACAGCUCCAGCCACAGCAACAGCGCCUCCGACUGAAGCACCUGCUCCUAUUGCAAAGGACGCCACUGUUCAGAAACCCCCAUCAUCUCAGCUUCCGCCAAAGCCCCCUGAAGUUGCAGAAUGGUCAGAGCACAAAAAUGCAGAUGGCAAGAGUUACUACUAUAAUUCUCGAACACUUGAAUCAACAUGGGAUAAACCUCAGCCCCUUGUGGACUGGGAAGCAAAGAUUGAGAAGUUGAACAAUGCAAGUUCUCAGCCUCCUGCUCAACAGCAGAGUUCUUCAGAACAGUCAAAGACAGAAGGAGGGGACAGUUCAGACGAGUCUGACAAAGAAGACAAAGAGGAGACUUCGAAAGAAGAUGAGGAGAUGACUGAAGAACAAAAGCAGGCUGAAAAAUCAAGGCCAGUGUCAAGUACCCCGGUGCCAGGAACUCCAUGGUGUGUAGUAUGGACUGGAGAUGGCAGAUGCUUCUUCUACAACCCAAGUCAGCGUCUCAGUGUAUGGGAGAAACCUGAGGAGUUGCAGAAUAGACCAGAUGUUGACAAACUGUUGUCGAAUAAGCCAGAUCCAAAGGGAGGUGAAAAACCAAAGGAAGAGAAGGAAAGAGAAAAGGAAGAGGAAUCAACUGGAGAGCCACCAAAUAAAAAGAAAAAGACUGAAACAGAAACAAAGGAAGAGAAAAAAGAAGGUGGUCCCAAACAGAUUGACAUAGGCAAGGAAGCAGCGAUCGAGGCUGAGGUGCUUGCAGCACGUCAGAGAGCUAUUGUUCCCCUGGAGAUCAGGAUGAAGCAAUUCAGAGACAUGCUUGCUGAAAAGGAGGUGUCUGUCUUUUCCACAUGGGAGAAAGAAUUACACAAGAUCGUUUUUGAUCAGCGGUACCUAUUGCUGACUUCUCGUGAGCGCAAGCAAGUGUUUGAGCAAUAUGUUAAAGAAAGAGCAGAGGAAGAACGUCGUGAAAAGAAUCGUCGCAUCAAGGAGAAGAAGGAGGCCUUCCGCCAGCUGCUGGAAGAAAGCAAACUACAUGGGAAAUCGCUAUUCAGUGAUUUUGCCAGCAAAUAUGGAAAAGACGAACGCUUCAAAGGGAUUGACAAAAUGCGGGAGAGGGAGUCUAUUUUUCUGGAAUUUGUUAGUGAAGUCCGCAAGAAAGAGAAGGAAGAGAAAUCUGUCUUAAAGGAAAAGCUGAAGUCAGACUUCCUUAAGCUUCUGAAAGAAACUAGUGGUAUUGACCGCAACUCUAGGUGGAGUGAAAUAAAGAAAAAGAUCAACGGUGACCCUCGUUAUGAAGCAGUGGACAGCAGUACUCGUAGGGAGGAUUGGUUCAAGGACUAUGUCAAAGGGCUUGAUGAGGCUACUUCAGAAGAUGAAGAAAGAAAGGAACGUGAGAAGCAGGAACGCAUUGAAGCCAGUUUGAAGAAAAGAGAAGAGGAAGUAAAGCAAUCAUUGUCAACUUCCUUGAGAGAGAGAGACAAAGAAAGAGAACAGCACAAGAAAGAUGAAGCCAUUCAAACAUUCAAUGCACUUCUGGCCGAUCUGGUUCGCAAUUCUGAAGUGACGUGGCGAGACACUAGGAAACAGCUUCGUAAAGACCACCGAUGGGAAAUGACUGACAGUCUUGAGAGGGAAGAGAAGGAAAAGCUGUUUGAGACGCACAUCGAGGGACUGUUCAAGCGGAACAGAGCCAUGUUUCACUCUCUCCUGGAUGAAACAGAAAUUUCCCUUACUUCGACGUGGAAGGAAGUAAAAAAGCAAAUAAAGGAAGAUCCACGUUAUACCAAGUUUUCGUCAAGUGACAGAAAAAGAGAAAAGGAGUUCACAGUUUAUAUGCACGAGAAAUUCACAAAUGCUAAAGCUGAUUAUCGCAACUUGUUGAAGGAGACCAAGGUUAUCACAUACAAAACUAAGAAACUAGUUGAGGAGAGUGAAGGCCACCUUGAUGAUAUCGAGAAAGUGUUGGAGAAUGACAAACGUUAUCUCACCCUUGACUGUGUUCCGGAGGAGCGGCGCAAAAUUUUGAUGUCCCACAUUGAUGAGCUGGACACCAAAGGCCCACCUCCUCCUCCCACUGCUUCAGCUCCCACUCACAGGGGUGGAAAGUAAUUGGAUAUAUACUUUUAAAAUUCAUACAGUUGUACUUUUUUUUCCUGUGUAUUUUGUUUUACCUGUAUUGUUUGUUUUUUAAAACUUGGAUGUCUUGUUCCUGCUUCUGAGUACUAAGGGUCAGGGCCUUUGGCACGUCUUUUGUUUAAUUGAAAUAGAUGGCUCCUAAAUUGCUGUGACCUUGCAAAAAUGAUUCAAAAGUUAUUGUUCUGCAUUUCUCAUUCUUUUUGUUAAUGUAGGUCACUUUUUAAAACGUUCACAAUAAAAGAGGCUGAGUUCAUGA